AUGGACCCAUCACAGCAGUGUAAUCCAACCUCCAUCCCAGAGUGUUCACAAAUGCUGACCCAAGAAAAUUCUCGGGACGAUUCAGGGGCCUCUGAAAUCUGUUCGGAGAUGUUGAUAAAGAACCUUAGUAACUUGACUAUCAACGCCAGUAACGAAUCCCCUUCCCCUCUACCAGAAGAGUCACUCCAUCGAGUGAUAGAUGGAAUUGCUGCAAGAGCACCAGUCCUCAGGGAAAUCAGAGAUGACUUGAUUUACAGGAGAAGAGGAGUAAGAACAUUGCUGUCUGUGCAGAGAGAAAGGAUGGCAAGAUUCAGAUACAUGUUACUCGGCAGAGUUCGCACGCAUGAAAGAAUACUAACAAACACUGGGCUUAAGGGAGUUAGGAAGGAAUCAAGACCAUUCAAAUGUCCCUGCAGUUUCUGCGUGUCUAACGGAUGGGACCCUUCUGAGAAUGCUAGAAUAGGGAAUUAUGACACCAAGCCACUUCAGCCAUAA